AGCCACACCCACUGGCUCCGCCCUCUCCUCUGAAAACACUGAUGUGGAUAAAUACUGCUGUCAUAUAGAUCUCAUCACACAAACACAUUCAUCAUGGAUCUGGCCGCAGCUCUUUUGAAGGCAGUAAUGAACAAAGGGGCAAGAAACCAUGUGCAGGCAUACCCCUAUGGGUAUGGAAACAACAUGAUGGGUUACGAAUACGGAUUUGGACAUCAUCAUGGACAUCAUCAUGGACAUCAUCACGGACAUCAUCACGGACAUCAUCACGGGCAUCAUCACCGGCAUCAUCACGGAUACCAUGGAGAUGGAUUUGUACCUGGACUGGGACAGUAUCAAGGAUUCGAUUAUGGCUCUGGACUAGGACACCAUCACGGACACCAUCACCAUGGACAUCACCAUGGACACCAUCACCAUGGACACCAUCAUGGCUAUCAUCAUGGAUUCUGACAGAAUCAUAGACACAGGUUGUCCUCUUCAUGCAGUGAUGAGGACUGAAGCUGAAGACGUGAGUUUGGACCGGGGCUUGUUGACACACUGUAAGGUUUUCAGUCAAAAAAAAGUGCACAAAUGCUUUUCUCUAGCAAUUAUUUAGUAUGUUUAAACAUCUAAUUGAACUGUUUGUCUUAAAUUAGGAUACGCUGUGUGAAUCAUGUCCUUUAAAAUAUCAUUCCUGUAUUGUUAUACUUCUCUAUAUUAGUCAAACUACUACAUGUUUUCAGUUUCUAUGCAAAUGCUAUGAGUUUUAUGAACUCUUUUAUUGUUAAUCACCAUUAAAUAUAAUUUAGUUAGUCUAUAUCUAUCUGAUGUGGUGUAAAUGUAUUGAUUUGAUCUUUGUUAGCCUGCAUUUUAUCAAAUCUGAAUGUUCACACUGACAACUUAGCCCUUAAACUGAUGACUUGACCUGCUCAUGGUCAACAUGUCACCUAAAAAAACAUCUUUAUUGCACAUAUCACCUUUUAUUUUGUAUAUAAAAAUGUCAAAAAUAAACUCAACGUAAGAAAUACAGAAGUCAGAGUCCUUGCGUUCAUGUGUGUUACUGUGUGUUUUAGUGUCCUCGUUGUUGCCUAUUGUUUCACACCCUUAUUAGUCAGCGUUUGUCUAUUCCGUAAGAAAUUGUCUCCACCCUAUGUUAUCUUGUCUGCUCGUUUAGCCUAUUGUUUCCCUUGUGUUAUUAAUCCUUCCUGUUUCUUUUAUUGUUAGUCAGUUGUUAAAUGUUACCCUCAUGUGUGUGAAUGUGCUCCUGCCCUUUUUUAAUUCUUGUGUUUUGUGAAUUUACGAAAUUAAAGCAUGUGGAUCUUC